AUGAGUAGCAAUAGCAUACCGAUUAAACUAUUGAAUGAAGCACAAGGUCACAUAGUAUCAUUAGAACUAGAAAAUGGGGAAACAUAUAAGGGUAAAUUAUUAGAAAGUGAAGAUAACAUGAAUAUCCAAUUACAAGAUUGUAUAGUUACAGGAAGAGAUAAUCAGCAAAUAACACAUAUGGACCAUGUGUUUAUUAGAGGAUCUAAUGUUCGAUUUAUUGUUGUUCCAGAUAUGCUACAACAUGCUCCAAUGUUUAAAAAGAAAAGUAAAUUAGAGUCAAAGCCUAUUCCACCUGUACGUGGUUCUAAAAGGUCAUAA